GCUGCAUUCCCCGUGUCUCCAGAACCUUCCUUUUUCCCUUCCCGCUAACCCACGUCCCCUCUCAACUCCUCCUAUAAGUACGGAUCCACCUUCCCUCCUCCUCCACAGCGACCAGAAGUUCCUACUCAAGGGUUCAUAAAAGCCUGCUAAUCAACUCUGAAAAGCGAAAAUUCCACCCACCAAGAAGCGAAGAAUGGAUAUCAGAAUCCCCGGUUUUGAUGCCCCACUCUUCUCCACACUGCAGCACAUCAUGGACGCCGCCGAUGACGCUGAGAAGUCAUUCAACGCCCCCACCCGGACCUACGUCCGCGACGCCAAGGCGAUGGCCGCGACGCCAGCCGACGUCAAGGAGUACCCUAACUCCUACGUCUUCGUGGUGGACAUGCCGGGGUUGAAGUCCGGAGACAUAAAGGUCCAGGUGGAGGACGACAAUGUACUUCUGAUCAGCGGCGAGAGGAAGCGGGAGGAGGAGAAGGAAGGGGCUAAGUACGUGAGGAUGGAGAGGAGGGUCAGCAAGUUCAUGAGGAAGUUUGUGCUGCCGGAGAAUGCGAAUGUAAAUGCGAUUUCAGCUGUUUGCCAGGAUGGGGUUCUGACUGUGACGGUUGAGAAGCUGCCGCCACCGGAGCCGAAGAAGCCGAAGACAAUCGAGGUCAAGAUUGGUUGAGACUGCAGAGAGCUGUUUCUGCGAUUUGGGUUCUGAGAAUAAUCGUGCCUGGAUUAUAAAAUGGUUUGCGGAUAGAUUUUGUGGCUUCGUUGUAUUUUCUGAAUGUGUUUACGUGUUUUAUAUGUGUUUUGGUGUUCUGAGCAUGUUUGUUUUUUCAGAUCAAUGAAGCAUAUUAUGUAUUAAUGCCUA